AUGUGUGCAGCAUUUUCUCCGUUUGUCGGAAAUAUUUCCAGUUUCGACCACCAACAACAGGAUUGGUCUACGUUUACGAGUAGACUGGAGCAGUUUUUCCUGGCAAAUGGAAUAAAUGAAGAAUCCGAUAAAUCGGGAGUUAAGAGGCGCGCCAUAUUGUUGAGUGCACUCACAGACGAUUCCUUCAAAUUGGCGAGUAAUUUGGUUUUACCCAAUACGUUGGACAAAGUGAGCUUCCAAAACAUUAUUGAUGUGUUGGACGCCCAUUUCAUACCAAAACGGUGCGGAUUUGCUGAAAGGAGUAAAUUCUACGCCGCGUCACAACAGCAGGGGGAGUCGUACGCACAAUGGGCGGUCCGUUUAAGAGGCCUCGCCGCUCAUUGUAACUUUAAACAUUUAGAGGACGCCUUACUCGAUAAAUUCGUGAUGGGCAUGGCAGCGGGACCUGAACGCGAGAAAAUCUUCACCUUGGACAUAAAGGAACUGACAUUGUCAGCGGCGGUGGACCAGGCGGAGAGCGUGCGGUGCGCGCGCGCGGCGGCGGCGGCGAGUGCACCAGCGGGGACCAGCGGCGGCGGCGACGUUCUUUUUAAAAUAGAAGGAGUGUCGAAAUCGCAACCCGACACAGAUCGAGUGAAAUGUGCAGUGUGUGGACGCAAAAACCACAAAACUAGCGAGUGCCGGUUCGCUAGGUACAAGUGCAAAAAGUGCAAUUCUAAAGGUCACCUACGCAAAAUGUGUAAUAAAGUAAAUUAUGUCGGCGAAGACAAUGUAAGCGAGGGCGAUGACGGUGAGUACUUGUAUAAUAUUCGUUGUCGAAACGGUACUCCUAUGUCAGAAACUGUACUGAUUAAAGAUAAGCUAAUGAAGUUUGAGAUUGACAGUGGUUCUUCCGUAACGGCCAUCUCUGAUGUAACUUAUAAUUCGUGUUUCAGUGAUGUACCAUUGCGGCAAACAAACAAAAACCUUUUGAGUUAUUCAGGAAACCAACUUAAAUGUUUAGGGUGUGUUAGUUUGCCUAUAACUUACGAGAACAAAACAAUUAACUUUGAAGUUUUCAUAAUUAAAAACGGCGGGCCACCGAUAUUAGGCCGUGAUUUCAUAUCAGCAUUCGAACUUCAAUUAUCUUCAAUAAAGUACUGUGAGCUUUCUAGUUUAGGUGAUAACGAACUCCAACAGCUAAUUCAUACAUAUUCGGAUUUAUUUUCAGACCGCCUCGGCUGUUUUAAUAAAUAUAAAAUAAAAUUGCACUUGAAGGAAGAUGCGAAACCGAGAUUUAUAAAGGCGAGACCGGUACCUUUUGCAUUGAGAGAGAAGUUAGAUAAGGAAAUUGAUAGGUUAGUUGAGUCUGAGAUCAUUGAACCUGUAAAGUUUUCGGAAUACGCGUCACCCAUUGUCCCGGUACUAAAGUCGGAUGGUUCAGUUCGGCUAUGUGCGGACUAUUCGCAAACCCUAAAUAAACAAUUGUUAAUUGAAAAAUACCCAUUACCAACAGUUCAAGAGCUUUUCACUAAAUUGCAUGGUGGGGUUCAAUUCUCAAAGUUGGAUAUGAAAUCCGCCUAUAACCAAUGCAUUAUUGAAGAUGAUAAAAAUGUAACAUGCAUUAAUACGCACAAAGGGCUUUUCAAAUACAAGCGUUUAGUUUUUGGGCUUUCUUCAGCACCAGCUAUAUUUCAAAAGGUAAUGGAGAGCAUUCUUGGGCACGAGGGGGUAUUAACCUUUUUAGAUGACGUAUUGAUAACGGGUAAAGACAGGCAGGAACACAUGGAAAGACUCAGACGCGUUUUACAAAGUUUCAAGGACGCAGGACUGACCUUACGCUAUGAUAAGUGUGAGUUUUUUAAGGAUGAGGUAUCGUAUUUGGGCUAUAUCAUCGAUAAAAACGGCAUUAGGAAAUCUCCUGAUAAAGUUAAAGCGAUUAAGGAGGCGCCCACUCCUAAAAAUGUAAAUCAGUUACAAUCAUUUUUAGGACUAGUUAAUUACUAUCGUAAUUUCGUACCAAAUGCAUCCUCCGUGCUCGCGCCUCUGUACGAUUUACUAAAAAAAGAUAAGAAAUGGUCGUGGUUAAAAGAACAUGACACGGCUUUCUGUGCAAUAAAAAAUGAGUUAUCUUCGGAAAAAACAUUAGCUCAUUUUAACGUUAAUGCUCACAUAAUUUUGACAGUAGACGCGUCAAAUUUUGGGUUAGGGUCAAUUCUUUCUCAAAUAGGGGAAGACGGUCUGGAACGUCCUGUGGCUUACGCCUCCCGCACUCUAAAUUCGGCAGAGAAAAAGUACUCUCAAAUUCAAAAAGAGGCAACGGCCAUAAUUUUUGGAAUACGUAGGUUUCACCAAUUUUUAUACGCGAGAUCGGAGCCAUUUACUCUACGAACGGACCACAAGCCCCUAGUUGCAAUUUUUGGACCAAACCACGGAGUGCCGGAGGUUUCAGCAAACCGCCUGCAAAGAUAUGCAAUUUUUUUAUCUGCGUACAAUUACAAAAUUGAAUAUGUGCGCAGCGCACAUAAUAGCGCAGAUUUCUUAUCACGAGCGCCCUUAGAACCGGGUUGUGCACGUGACGAUAGCAAGUCGUCGCUCGGCCUCGGGGCCACGCAACAAGAGACUACCGCUUAUGUAAAUUUUGUCAUAGAUGGUAGCUUGCCAGUUACUCACAAGAUUUUAUCAAUUGAGACUGGACGUGAUACAGUGCUACGUAAAGUUGUUACGUACGUGCAGGAGGGCUGGCCAAAAAAAGUUUCAGACCAGAGUUUGAAACCGUAUUACCUGUGCAGGCUUCAACUUUCGUUCGAAAAUGGUGUGUUAUUACGAGGGCAUAAGGUGGUAUUGCCGGAAGUUUUACGUUCGAAAAUUUUAGACGAACUGCAUACCUCACAUCUAGGCAUCGUUAAGACGAAAGCAUUGGCACGAUCCAAAUUUUGGUUUCCUAAAGUCGAUGAAGCCAUAGAUAAAAUGAUAGGAGAAUGUAGCAUUUGUGUUUGUUUACGGCCAGCGCCGCCGCGCUCACCUAUUGUUUCAUGGCCAUACCCGAAACAAGCGUUUGAUAGAAUUCAUUUAGAUUUUCUCGGUCCAAUCGAUAACAGGAUGUUUUUAGUAAUUGUCGAUGCCUAUUCUAAAUGGGUCGAAUGCUAUGACAUGAAGAAUAAUGUUACGUCAUCCAAUUUGGUAAAUAAGUUGUGUGAUUUUAUGUCACACUACGGGAUACCCUCAACUCUGGUCAGUGAUAACGGCACGGCCAUGACAUCAGAUUGUUUUAAAAACUUUUGUAAACUAAACGGAAUUCAACAUCUCACUUCUCCGCCAUACCACCCGGCUAGUAACGGCCAAGCCGAAAGUUUCGUCAAAGUCGUAAAAAAGGGCAUAAAAUGUGCUUUGCUACAGGGUCGUAAUGCGGAAAGUAUAAAUAAUAGGUUGCUUAGGUAUCUUUUUGAUUACCGCAAUUCGGUGCAUACCACAACAGGGCAAUCUCCAGCUUCAUUAGUAUUUAACAGGGAACUGAAAUCGAGACUCGAUCUCAUUUUUCCACCGUCACCGCCCCCGACAAAUAAUUUAACUAAUACAGUUUAUGAAAAACAGUGCUUACAGAAUAAAUAUCGAGGUGGUACACUUAGGAAGGACUUUAUCGCUGGCGAUGACGUCAUGUACAAGAAGCAUUUAAACAAUAAUAAAUUCAUUUGGAAAAGAGGAACAAUAGUGGAAAAGCUGGGCAAGAUUAUUUAUCUUGUGAGGGAUUCAGUUGACAAAAAUUUAGUAAAGAAACAUAAAAAUCAGAUUUUUAAGUAUAAAGGGCAAUCUCUAAACGAACAUUACGAUUUUAGCCUGGAUAAUGACAACACGCAGUUUUCGUUUAGAGAAGGGGAAGAGUUGGUUGGACACUUUAAUAGUCCUAGCACAGAGCCCGGGGCUUCGGCCUCCACUCUUCACCAGGAGGCACCGACAGAUGAUGUCGAGUUUACCACUCCACACCAGUCCCCGGAGCGGCCGCGCUCCCCCGAUGAGGAAACACGCGAACCUGUCCCUUCCCGUACUAGAUUAGGAUUAAGAGAUAUACCUAGAGUUGACUAUAGGAAAUUAUUCUAGUUUUUGCAAGCCUUUAAAUAUUAUUAUACUUAGUUGUAAGCUUUGGUGGAGGGAUAUUAGGUAUGUAAGUACUUAUACCUAGUAAUAGAUAAGGCGCGUGCUACGUCACCGCUUCACUAACACCGUUAGUUGAAAUAAAGGUCAGUGUCAAUCGAG